AUGCCCGAAAUAUUAAACAGAAUAAGUCAAACUAGUAUAGCUUCAUACUAUCAAACUAAUGCUGAAACGACUGUUUGGCUAGCUUUUAAAUUGUUUCGUCAAACUUGGAUAUUUUCAUUCGUAUAUUUACUUUUCCUGUUGCGUGGAGCAACCGCCCUGGAUACCUUUCAUGGCAUCGAUAGUAUUUCUUCCAGGACUGAAGUCAAAAUCGGAGUCAUUUUGACGCAAAUCGCAGGCAAAGCCAAUUUCACAGACCUGGUGUUUGCUAUGGAGCUAACGUUACCCGCCAUCAAAAUUGCUGUGGAGAAGAUAGAAAGUAACUACUACCCUGUCUUACCCGGGGUGCGGUUUGUUAUACAUGAGGCGGAUUCGAACUGUUCCGGUACUGAUGGACCAUUAGCAGCAAUCGACAUGUACUGGGCCAAGGAAGCAGAUGUGUAUUUCGGCCCAGGGUGUACCUUUGCCAUUGCACCAGUGGCCAGAUACAGUGGUGAAUGGGGUAUUCCUGUAGUUACAGCAGGAGCUCUGUACGAUAAUUUUAAAAACAAAACAGCAUUCAAAACUCUAACGCGUGUGCAGAGUGGAUUAGACAAUACCACAUCUACGGAUCUCAGUAAAGCUUUUGAAUGCAUCUUUGACAAAUUCCAUUGGUGGAACAUUGGAUUUUUUUCUGAAGAUAACCCCAGCGAUUGCUACCAUACACUGUAUUCAAUUUUUUUAAUGGUGAAGAAGCGGUACAAGAAAGACUUAUACCAUCGGUAUUUAAGAGACAAUGAUAUCAAGGUUUUUGAGGGUCAUCUUAAAGAAGCGCAAAAGAUGGUCAGAAGUAAGUAUGCUAUCGUAUAUCCAAUGAUCUUUAUUCUUCUUUGUCUUUAG